AUGACUCCGCGACCAACGCUGGCGCCGUUCAUUCAGACGCUCAUCGAGAUGCUGCAGUCGCGUUCGCCGUGCCUCCAUUGGCACGAAGAUGGCAAGUCCUUCGACAUUCUCGACGUUGAAGCCUUCUCGACGUCGGUGCUCCCGCGCUUCUUCCGCCACAGCAAGUUUACGAGCUUCCAGCGCCAGCUCAACUACUUUAGCUUCCGGAAGCAGUCCCGGCGACAGUCGAGCGUGUGCACGUACGCCCACGAGUCGCUCUCGCUACGAGAGCAUGCGCAGGCGCUGCAGAUCGUUCGCAAGACAGUGAAGGAGCGCAGCUGCAAGGCCAAGCUGCCCGACGAAGCCAAAGCCAAAGGCGUGCUGGCCUACACGGAGGCGUCGAUGGCGUACUCCAAGGCAUGGCUCAAACCGCCGCCGCCCAAGCUCGCCGACAUGGCCAUGGACAUGACGCCGCUUGCGUUUGCCUACAGCAGCGAGGCCGAUGUGGGUGCGAUCGAGGCCCGCAUGCCCCUUCUCGACGACGAGAUGACGAGUUGGCUCUUGACGCAGUUUGAAGACCAGAUCUAGGACCGUGUGUCGACGGUGGAUGAAUACA